AUGAGUGUGGUUUUGGUGAGCACCACGGGGUCUUAUCAACGGGGCAUGCAAGAGGAAGGUGCUGGGAGACAGGGGAGCCUGCUGAUCACAGGCUUGCUGGGGAAGUCAGAUCAGGAACUCACAUUUGCCUGUGACUCUGCAGGCCGCUCUCUGGGGCAUGGGUUUAUAUGUGUCCGUUUAAGGCCCCCACGGGCCACUUGGCCAAACAACAUGAAGGCUGAGGCAGCGAUGCCGCAGACGUUUAACACACUCUUGACAGAAGCCAGCCCCCACCCCCCAUUACUUCUUCGAUCCCAUCCCUUCGCCUUCUUCAAGACCUCCCUCCGACAAGUCACUCCUCUCUCCUCGUGUCAUAAAAUCUCCCUGUUAGAUAGUCAACUAUUGAAGCACAUUAGAUCUCCUGUCUUAACAACAACCAAAAAAAGCCUCCCUCAACCUUUUACCUUCUUUUCACUUUCACCCCGUUCUUCUGAUUUACAGCCAAGCUCUUGA